AACCUAGCUUCAAUUUUGAAUAAAUUAUUUUACCCUGUCAGACAAAUGUAGAUUUGCCAGGUCUCGAAAUGCUUUUGAAACGACCGAUGCUUUGAAUCGAUUUAGUCAUGUGACCUGUGUGUCGAAUUACCUUAGUAAUGUGACCUAGAUGUUUCGGAUCAUACUUCGGUGCAGUAUUUCAAAACACUUGUACUCCGGGAUCUCGACAGUGUGUCCAAACGUCAGUUUCACAUCAGCCAUCCCUACAAAGUGUUUCAAUUAAUUUAGCUAUUUAAUGCUUGUCUCUUCUGUAUUUACACCAAAUACUAAGACUGACAGAAAAACUGCUGUUUUCUAGAUAUUGAUAGGAACGUUACUCUCAUACUGGAGUAAUUAUCAAGGAGGUUUGUUGCUGUACCGUGGCUGCAACUGACGCACUAACUACAAAGAAAUGUCACGCUUUAACAGGGGAAAUUAUGAAAAAACUAUGGUCAAUUUUUGAGCAAGAUGCUAAUGGUCUAAUCCGAUUCAGUGAUUAAAGCUACCCAAAAAGUGCCCCUGCCAGAGCCAGAGUUCAGCUGGACGGAUUUAAAAAGUCAAACUUAACUGGUUAACUCUAGGAAAGUAAUAAAAUGAACCAAUUCAAAAAAAACAGUGGAGAGUAUCUUCAUUACUAAAGAGGUUUUAAGGUCUAAUCUUUUAUGUUGGAGAUAACGGGGAGAUCAUGUACGAGAGCCUCCUCUCUGUUCUGAAACAUGAAAUUAAUUAUUAUACAUUUGUUUAUGAGCAGUGCCUAAAGCGUUUAGUGUGUUUAUAUUACAGUAAUAAAUGUAGCAAUUUGUAUUAAAUGUUAACAUUUUUUGUAAACUUGAUGCAUGCACAAUGUGAUGGAACAAGAUUUUACUUUGUUACAAAACUUUACAAUGUAAAAGUACAUUUCGAGAAAGAAAUUGGUCAAAGUUGACUCUAAUCUCAGACUUGUAUUUAAAAGUAGCCAUACAAAUUGUAAUCUUGAAAGCGAGAGAUGAGCAAAGUGAGGCGGUAGAUAAUAAUGAUACAGUUGGGCCCCGGGGACAUCCGGAGUCACAGCUGUUUCCGCUCAGCGCUGUUUACCCAGGUGGAUAAACCGACACUCGGGCAAGCUCGAACAACGACUGCACUGUUGGAACUAAACGAAACUAAUCAGUUCCGUAUACUUUGUAAUACAACAUCAUUUUAUAUAACUUUUUAAUGUCAACGUGACAUUGUGCAAGCACAACCCUGAGUAUUUCGCAACACGUCUAGUCUAGCGCUCUCAGCGUAAUGGCUACCAGAGUUGCAACUUAACUUCCUGCCAUACGUGAACAAUUCCUGCAAGAUUUCCAAAGACUCUCCGCAUACGCGAAGCGCACAACAAACAGGAAACAGUAGUGCCGUGGAUUUGACAGACGUGCAGCUGUGACCACUCCACGUCCAGGAGGUCGAAUCGCGCAGCCAAUCGCGUCCUAGAAGAAAGGCGGGUCUUCCGUUUACGUGACGCAAAUUUGACUGGUAAUCUCCGAAGCCCCACCUUUUGUGUUUCCCGCACCGUCAAUCAAAAAUAAGAAAAAAAAUCGACCCGAAUCUCCGAUCACAGCCCGCCUUUGAUUAAAACAAUCAUGUUGGGAGUUUAAAUGAACAGAUAAACCUCCGAUUUUAUACCUUUUCACGCUAUGACUGGUACGUAACACUUAUCCCGAUCGAAGCACAGCACCGCCGCCCCAGAACAGCCAGCGAAACAGCAGGAAAUGGCUGCCUUGGACGUGGACAGCAGUCAGAGCGACUUUCUGCAGCCGGCCAGCGGCGCCCAGGACCAGCAGACCACAGACCUCACGGCCAUCCAGAUGACUGGCUCAUCUGAUCGCUGGGAGGUGCUGACACCUGUGAGCUCAGUGAAAGGUGAGCCAGCAGUUGUGCAUGUACCCAGCGGAGGACUUUUGGGCAGCAAUGGGCAAUAUGUGGUGCCAUUACAGACUAUGGCAGGGCAGACCCAGCCUGUUUUCGUGACGGCAGGGGUAGAUGGCACCGGUGCUAAUGGGGUGCAGUACCAGGUCAUCCCACAGCUGCAGGGGGCAGAUGGGGCAUCAUUAAGCUAUACAGCAUCCGCUGCAGAUGGAAGCACGCUGGGCACUGACAUUGCCAUCCUUCCGGAUGGAACACAAGGUAUUGCCACAGCAACUAAUGCAAAUGACCUCCAAGGCCUACUGAGCCAAAGUGGGCACGUGCAACAGAUACCCACAGUCUCAUUGGCCGGCUCAGGGUUUGGCACACAAGGCCAAGUUGUUGCUAAUAUGGGACUGCCCGGCAACAUCACAUUAGUGCCGAUAAAUAGCUUGAGUAAUGUGGAUCUGGAGUCUCUUGGAUUGGCUGGUGCUCAGACUAUAGCAACAAGCGUAACUGCAGACGGCCAGCUCAUCAUGACCGGCCCCACCACCACAACAAGCGAUAACCAGGGGGAAAGUGGCAAAUGCACAGAGUCACUUAACGCCAACGAUGCUAACGCUAAUGCCUUUGUGCCAACUACCACCUCUUCCACAUCGACAUCACUUCCUGAGACAAUAGACGGGACAGGAGUUCUCACCCAAGCCACUGCUGUAUCAGCCGGGCACCAGGAUCUGUCGUACAUCCAGCAGAACCACACAACCGGCGGCGAGCAGGUGGUGCAGCUCUUACCUGCGCAGACGGCAGAUGGAGCAGCGCAAACACUACAAAGCGUGCAGCUGUUGAAUGCUGGCACGUUUCUCAUCCAAGCCCAAACCGUCUCUCCCACCGGCCAGAUCCAGUGGCAGACCUUCCAGGUUCAAGGGGUUCAGAACCUACAGAAUCUACAGUUACCAGCUGCUGGCGGGGUCUCUUCUCCCCAAAUUACCCUCGCCCCUGUACAGACCCUUUCUCUCGGGCAGUCUGGCACCACAGGUGCAUUGGGCCAAAUCCCGAACCUUCAGACAGUCACUGUCAACUCAGUUGGUCAGUACCAGCAAGAUGAGAACACAGAGAGCCAUACAGAUAUUCAAAUUAAAGAGGAACCAGAAUCAGAUGAUUGGCCAAAUUCUACCCUGAGCACCAGUGAUUUGGCGCAUCUGCGCGUGCGUUUGGUUGAGGAGGAUAUGGAGGGUACGGGCCAAGAGGGAAAAAGACUGCGUAGAGUAGCUUGCACUUGUCCAAACUGCAAAGAGGCUGGAGGAAGAGGUUCAAGUAUGGGAAAGAAGAAACAACACAUCUGUCAUAUACCAGGGUGUGGUAAAGUGUACGGAAAGACGUCUCACCUCCGAGCUCAUCUGCGCUGGCACUCAGGAGAGAGACCCUUCAUUUGCUCAUGGAGUUACUGCGGUAAAAGAUUCACCCGCAGCGACGAGCUCCAGCGCCACCGCAGAACACACACAGGAGAGAAGAAGUUUGUGUGUCCAGAGUGCUCGAAACGUUUUAUGCGCAGUGACCAUUUGGCCAAACACAUUAAAACACACCAAAACAAAAAAGGGCUAAACUCCAACACCGGUGUGGGUCAAACAGAAGCCGCCGCCCCCUCGGACACCAUCAUCACCGGGGGCGGAGCAACAGUCAUCCUCGCCAAUCUCCAGCAGGCUGGCACCCAGGACCUCCUCUCAAACUCCGACCUCCCGCUCCAAUUGGUCACUGUGUCUGCCAGCGAGGUCUUGGAGUGACCCAAAAUCACAGCCACUUUCACAGCUCGUCUGUUUUUCACUAUCAAUCUUUUUAUAUAUAUAUAUGAUUAAAAUACAUAUAUAUAUUAUAAAUAUAUAUAUUUUAAAAAUGACUUAUCCAUUUAUGUUCAAUAGCAGUCUUUUGUACAAACAAGGCAAAAAAUGACAUUAAAUGUGGUUCCACACAAACAAACACACACACACACACACACGCUACAUGCUCAAAUGAACUUGUGCUCAUACACAGAAAUGCCUUAUUUUGUAUCAUAAUCUGUAGUAUAAAAUGCUGGAGCUGCAUGUGUUUUUACUUUCGCUCAUGUAUAUGUUCAGGGGACGAUCAUUUUGAGAGCGUGUUCGUGUAAUGGUACAUGGAAAGCUGGGAUAUGUGUGUGCGUGUGCGUAUGAAUGAUCGAUUACAGUAAGAAUGAUGGCAGGAGAAGGACACAGUCUGCUGUGAGGGAGGUUUACUCAUGAUCUGUCCAUUUUUAUCCUCCUCCCUCUCGGCUGGCCUUUGUUCAAACGUGUCUUCGCUUUUAUUUUCGUUUCGACGUCAUGUUAGUGGUCUUUGCGCUCUCGCAUCUCCUGAUUUCGUUGUCCUACUCACAUGCAAGACAUCAGGUGACGGAGUCAAACAAUCGUGUAAUAAACUUUCUUUUUCUUGUAUCAUCAUCCUUAUCGCUGUUCAGAUUAUCCCUGUAACAUUCAUAAUGUAUCUUCUUUUCGUUUUUCUUCAGCCCCCAAGCUGUUUAUAGCCACAAUUUAUGUAGUCUAAUAAUGAUUCUGUCGUAUCAAAGACUCCUCGUUUCGAUUACUUUUUAAACGUGUAAAAUUUGAUGUUACUUUUGUACAACUCUUUUGUUUUUUUUUCUUCUCCAAAUGGAACACAAUUAAAGGCGGAAACCUUCCUUUGACUUCAUAAACUACAAGUUUGUUUCUAAAUGCUUUAAUAUUGUGUUGUUAUAUAUGUACUAAAUGAAUUAUACUCAAAUACCUCAUAA